AAAAAGAAAAGAAAAGAAAAAGGAGAAAAAAGAAAGAACGAUAGCUCAACCGGAAGGGCGAAAGGCGGCAGUAGGGCUGUUGGCAGCAACACGCGCAGAGGGAGCACCGAGACAGACAGAGAUGGUAGGGAAAGGGAAGAAGAGGAGAGAGAAGAACUACAGGUCCGCUCAUGGAGGCAACACCACCCUCCCUCCCCCGCCCGACUUCUCCAAGCUCGACGCUUUGCCUUCCAAGCUCCGCAGGCUGAUCUCCUUCACUUCCCUCUCCUCCUCUCCUCUUCACGGUGGGCCAAAUUCUUCAAACGAUAAUCAGAGAGAGAGCAAGAGAAGGGACACUGAUCCUGACAAGAAAUCCUCUUUGAAAGAUGAACCUUCGAGCAAGAGUAUGACUGAACUUGGUGAUCAUUAUGAACGCCCAAUCUCAUCCGAGCCCACUGACGAAAUCACCGAGGAUGUCGCUGAUAAAAAGAACAAGAGGAAAAGAAAGAGAGGGCAGGUGGAAGACCUUCGGUUUCAAUCACUGGUGGAGGAAUCAUCAAGAAGGAAGGAACGUAGGAAGAAGCGACAGAAAGAGUAUAAGGAGGCCAAGAAAAAUAAGCACCAAAAAGCUAACGAGGAGGAGAAUCUGGACUUCCCCAGGCACGAGAAGGUGAAAUUCGGUGAUGUGGUCGAAGCUCCACCCAAGUUGGUUGCAGUUCCAAAGGGUCUGAAAACACAUCUGGACGAAUCGAAAGAGAGGAUUCGUCUACAAGCUGUUGAGGCUUACAGAAACCGGAAAGGAUGGGCUUCAAGACCAGGGAGCCACCGACCUCCUUUGGUAGAUACUUUGUUGCAACCUUAAAUCUAUUAUGCAGUGUGUCUUUGUCAUUCUAUUUUCUGUCCUCAUUUUUUCGGAUGUAGAGAAGUGGAGGUACUCACAGCUUUUUCUCCUCAUUUAGAAAGUUUUGUAUUUUCGUUUUUCGACGAAAUUUUUGGCAUGCAGAUAUAACUAUAUGCUCUUUUCUUGUUCCUAUUUUCUCGACGGGACUAGCUCGUUGAAAGAUAAUUUCUCGGAGGAGAUCAAUUCUAGACUUUUGGCAAGUAAUAUGGAGACUAUUUCCGCA